AGCCCCUUCUCUUUCUCGCUCAGAUUAGGUAAUCGAAAUUCCAAACUCGUUGUUUCUCUCUCUAGAUCCAGAAAAUCGUCUCUUCAUCGAGGCGCGUGUGGAUCCCUUACCUGCGCGUGAUCGUACGUGUUCAUUCAAUUCAUGUUCUGUACGAUCCGCAUUGGGAAUUUCAUGCCGGAGAUGUGCCGGAGUCUCACCGGACGGCUUUGAUUUCGUGUUUAUAUGGCAUCCGCCGUAUUAGCCAACCGUAACGAACCAAAUUGGCCGCAGCACAGAGGCGGUGGAGCCGGAUUCAUGGGUAAAGUACCUUACGCUAACCCUAACCCUAACCCUAAAUUCAAGAGGAAUCAAUCUCCUUCAGACGACGCUUCUUCAAUCAACCGACGUUCCAACGAUGUAGUCACGAAUCAUUCACAAUACGUGACUUUCAAUGUCUCUUCGUACUCAAAAUCUGAGCUCAACGAGCUAAGAAACUGUUUCGUAACGGAGCUUGAACAAAUUCGACAACUCCAGACACGAAUUGAAUCAGGGGAAUUGAAAUCUAGGUCAAGCCACAACGGUGGUGGUUCCGCUAAGAAAUCAGCGAACAAGAAGUUUUCCGGCAAUAAACGACCUUUCCCGGCGGAGAAGGAAUUGAAGAGAUCAAAGUCAGAGGUUGGAAGCGCAAUGAAGGCUUGUGGUCAGAUUUUGCAAAAGCUGAUGAAAACCAAAAUAGGUUGGAUUUUUAGCUCUCCGGUCGACCCGGUGGCUUUGAAUCUUCAUGAUUACUUUGAUAUAAUUAAGCAUCCUAUGGAUCUGGGUACUGUGAAGUCAAAACUUGCUAAGAAUGCUUACUCUACACCGGCGGAAUUUGCUGAUGAUGUUAAGUUAACGUUCAAAAAUGCAUUGACAUACAAUCCCAAGGGCCAUGAUGUUAACACCGCGGCGAUGCAGCUUCUUGAAAAAUUUGAGGAGCUUUAUCGACCAAUACAAGAAAAAUUUGAUGAAAAAAGUUUUGAUGAUGAAUUACAGGCUAGCUCGUGGAACCAUGUUGAACCGGAGAGGGAAAGGGAGAGGGUCAAGAAGAAAGAUAAUCCGAUUCCAAUCCCUCCACCGGUAGCAAAACGCCAAGAGCUACUGCCUGAGCCUGCUAGUACUUCUAACCAGCCAAGCACUUCAAAUCCUCCUCCAUUAGCGCAAUCACCAGUUCGCACACCCUCUCCAACACGAGCACUCCCAGUGAAGCCCUUGAAGCAACCCAAGCCAAAGGCCAGGGAUCCAAAUAAGAGGGAAAUGAAUGUCGAAGAAAAGCACAAGUUGGGACUUGGGCUGCAGAUUUUGCCACCAGAGAAGAUGGAACAAGUAGUACAGAUCAUAAGGAAGAGAAAUGGGCAUCUGGAGCAAGAUGGGGAUGAGAUUGAGCUUGAUAUGGAGGCUGUUGACACGGAGACUCUCUGGGAACUCGAUCGAUUGGUUACCAAUUGGAAAAAGAUGGUGAGCAAGAUUAAGCGGCAGGCGCUAAUGGAUAAUAAUAAUGUGCCUUCAAACAAAGGCAAUGGGGAAUUGCCUGAUAGGGAGAAGGUUGAUGCAACCCCUCCUUCUGAGGGGAAGAAACAGAAGAAGAUAGAUACUGUUGAUGAGGAUGUUGACAUUGGCGAUGAUAUGCCGGCAAAUGAUUUUCCACCUGUGGAGAUUGAGAAAGAUAAAGAUAUGGGUGGUACUGGUGGCCGUGCCAGUAGUAGUUCCAGUGGUUCCAGCAGUUCUGGGAGUGGUGAUUCCUCGUCGAGUGAUUCGGAUUCAGGGAGUUCUUCAGGAAGUGAUUCUGAAGCUGGCAAUGGUCAUUUGUAGCAGGGCAGGGCUUUUGGUACUAAUGAUCACGAAGACCAACGCCGGUUAGCGGAUCAAGAAAUGUUUGCCUCGUUGCUAUAGUGCUUGCAUGUGUCGGCUAGGGGUUGUAGACAUUGAUUGUUGGUUUCAUCGUGGGAAUGGCUAAUCGGAUUGGGACUAAGAGCACCUGAUCCAUGAUUUGCGUUGUGACUUUGGAGUGUAUAAAGGGUUUGGACAAUGAUCAAAAGCAGUAGUAGGACCAGAAAGUAGCAAGUAAUCUGUGGUAAAAAUUUCUCUAGUAGGAUAGAUGCUUAAGAAAGUUUAGGAAGAUAAUCAAUAGAUGUAGUACUUUUUUGUGAUUACACCUUGUACACAUUUUACAGUAAGUAGAUAAAUCACUCUCAAAUUUUGGAGAAAGAAUUUUUGUGGAUCUUUGUUGUGAUUGUUAAUUUGAUGAAGUUUACCUUCUCCAUGUUGUUUGUAUCA